GAGCAACUCGAGGUUUUUUUUUCGCGUUCUAGCUCUCGGUACUCUCCUUCUGCAUCCAAGGCAAUUAUUGUUCGUAGACCAAAUCAAAAGAGAGAGGAAGAGUUAGCAAAGCAAUGGCCGCUAGCGAGGGAGCCUUUUCACGAGUCAUCGUCGAGGCGCCCGCUGCCGAGGCCUCCUUCUACUCCCUCUCCUACGUAGCCGCCCUACAGCAGUGCGCGGCGCUCGCUUACCAGCCUACGCUGCACAGCGUCACCAGCUCCACCGGCUCGAGCGGGGUCUGCGGGGAUGACUUCACCGAGUGCGUCACUCGCCUACGCCUAGAAACUGAGCGCCGCAUCGCGGGGCAGCUGCGGACAACACUGCUGCAACAGCCGUCUGCUGCUGCUGUUGCUCAGGCUAAGGAGAAAGAUGAUAAAGUGCACCCGAGCACUGAGGCCGAGGUAGAGACCGUCGCGUUGGGCGAAAGCACGAGUGGCACCACGGGCGGCCCUUCCCCGCGGCGGGGUCGUGUGCCGUCGGCCGCCGUCGGGUCGAACGCCGCCUCCGCGAAGCCGUCGCGGCGGAGCAGCAGGCAGUCUUCUACCGGGGCGGCACAACGCAACUCCAUCCUCUCCGGCACCCUCUCCGGCACGCUCACCGCAUCCUCGCCAGGGAGGCGAGGCAGCAAAGAGCUGUUCUCCGCUACGUUGCCCGCUACACCGGUGGGGGCCGCAAUGGCGGUGAAGCUACUGCGUGAGGGGCUCGCUCGCGCAUUUGGAUGGCCAUUGCCGUCCUCCUCGCUGUUUGCGGAGGCGAAGCAUCAGAGCAGACAGGAAGGAAACGGAGGCAUCACCGACAGCGCUCAGCUGAAGGGCCUGGCAGAUAUUCUCUUGUCGCGGCGCGCCUUUGCGCAGAUGCCCCCGGCUCCGGGAUGGACUCCUACCACGGGUGUCCUGCCCCAGAUGCCGACCUCUGCCUCCGCAGCUCUCUACAUGGAGCUGGAGGAUGCGGAGGGGCAGCAGGAUAUUUUGCUAGAGUGGAUGGAGGAUGUGCUCAUCUUCGCGCUGCGCCAGAAGUUUAACGCCGCGCAGACGCAGUGCCUCCUCCUGGACAGCGUGCUGGCCUUGCAGGUGCUGGCGGAAACCCCCAAAAGAGAAGGUGAGGCGGCGGCGGAGGCAGCUGCCGCAGAAGAAGAAAACGAUGCUGCCUGGGAGAGCCGGGUGUCAGCGGCGCUGCAAGACGUCUUGUGCACGCAGACCUGCCCGACCGUCGUACGCGUCAUCGAGACGGUGCAGCAGCGGCAGCCGGUGGUGCGGGAGGUGCCGGACCCCGUGCAACUAGCCGCCCUCGAGCAGAAGCGCCAGAAGGCGACGACGCAGAAGGCGCUGGCGGCACUGGAAACGGCACAGGCCGCUCUUCCGCUGGUGCAGCAGACCUUCAUGGAGGACGUCCACACGGAGGUGGAGAAGGACGCCACGCUGCCGGCGUUCUUCUCCAUGACGGAGGCCGCGGCAGUGGUGGAGUUCAUUACCCGCUCCACCGUGAUGCACCGACGCCUUUGGCGGUUGGUGCUGGUCGGCGCCUCGAGCACGCCGGUGAGGCAGCCGCUGCGACCGGUGAUGGAAGUUCCAUUGUGCGUGUACGUCGAGGACGUGCCGCCCGUCUUUCUGCCGCCGCUUUCAGCCUUCUACUCCACGAAGCUUCAAAACGAAGUGGACGCGCAGCACAGUAUUUACAACGACUGCGCAGCGGAGAAGGAGAGCCUGUUCCACACCAGGUACGAGCUGCCGCUUGCUGCGCUGGGCAUCGAGGAGGCGACAGAGCGACAGGCACUGCUGAUGGCCGCCAAGCAAGCCGCAGCCGCCGACCGCGACGCGGCGCUGACCGCGCAGGGGUGCGUGCACGUCGAAAAGGCCUUCGCGCUUCGACUGCUGGACACCGUGAGCCACAACGCUCGUCCUUGUCGCGGCGAUGCCGUCUCCGCGUCUGCGAGCACCCAAGGAAGAGGAGGGGAAGGAGUGCCGAUGGCCAACUCUACGCCGGCGUUCGCAGCAUCAGCGCCGGAUUCCUCAAAACGCAAAAAGAAGAGUAGUAAUGCUGCCGGUGCUGCGAAGGGCUCCAACUCCAAUUCAAACGUGCUUGGGCAACUAAUGCUCUCGGCAGAUGCAGCUGCUGCCGUCCCCUUGCCCUCUGGCGUUGUUUUUACGCUGGCUGACGUGGAGAAGCGUGUGGAUCGGAUUACCACUGCCGCGGAGAGCUUACCGAGCCCAGGCGCAUCGGGGGCAGCAGGCCGUGGUGGGCAGCGUCGUCGCUAG